AGACUGGCUUUCAGGGUUAAAAUAUUUACUGUCAGGUAAAUGAAUCAGAAUUUUAAAAGACCAAACUUUCAUAACAACCUUUUGUGGUGCCUUUGGGUGUUUAAGGUCCAGUGUUACAAGGGGCUGAUGGGGCCUCAGCUCCCAUUGAAACCAAUAGGAGUUGAAACUGUCCUUAACCACAGUUUGCAUUAUUGAAGCAAGUAGAUAUAUGCUAUGAAAUAACUUGGAAGAAUUAAGUUUGACUGAAGCCCGUAGAUAGACAUUAGCAUAGCAGCUGCACUUCUAAUUGGUAUAUAUCCUUGGUACAAGGCCUAGAUUGCGGUUUCAGACACAGGCCAGCUUCUUAUUCUCCCCUCUAAUUCUUAUGAGUGUUCUUUUUUUCUGCCUUUUUCAAAUACUUUUAUUUCAUUCCUUUGCUUUUGCUACUUUCUUGUUCUCAGCUCAAACCUUUCUUUCUCUUUGGAAUUGCUGUUAAAAUAAAUAAAUAGCCAAAACCACCCAACUAACAAUUACCAGCUUUAAAGGGUCAGAUUUUCAAGAGUAGUAGGUGUUGAUCUAAACCCAAAGUUUCAUAGAUUUCAUAGACAUAAGGACUGGAAGGGACCUCAGAAGAUCAUCAAGUCCAGCACCCUGCCCCAGGGGCAGGAAGUCGGAUAGCAUCGAAGGAUCCCAGCAAGAUAAGCAUCCAAAUGUUUCUUAAAAGAGUCCAGAGUAGGUGCUUGCACCACUUUGGAGGCAGUCUAUUCCAGGCCUUCGGGGCUCGGAGAGUAAAGAAGUUUUUCCUUAUGUCCAGCCUAAAACAGUCUUGCAGAAGCUUGUGACCAUUUGACCUUGUCAUCCCUUGGGACUCUCUGGUGAACAGGCAUUCCCCCAGAUCCUGAUGUACACCCCUUAUAUACUUAUAGGCAGCCACCAGGUCACCCUGAGCCUGCAUUUUCUAGGCUGAACAGUCCCAUGGCUCUCAGCCUCUCAUCGGAGGGCCUGUUCUCCUACCCUGGCAUAGUAAACUACAGAAAGACUGUAAUGUACCUAAUUUAAACCUAUAGAUGAGACUUGCUUUUAGCUUUGUUUGUACUAGAGAACUUACAUUUUGAUCUGUAUAUUUAUAUUAUUUAUAUAUAAUGUAAUACUUUAGCAAUGUUGUAUGCACGUCUAGCUAGAGUUCUACAGGUAUUUUCAGUAGCGUGGAAUGGUUAAAGGAAGCUUUUAAUAGUUGGCUUGGCCAACUGUUACCUUGGUUGCCCAACCGCAAACCAGCCACAGCAGGGACCCCGAUUUGAUCACUUGUGCUUAGUGCCUCUGUGGCGGCGAAGCGCCCCCACAGGCUAGUGAGAGAGAGAAGAGGGGACCCACAGACCCCAGACCCCGAGAGCAAGCCCCCAGAAGGACAUACGUACCGGCUGAGGAGCAGCGGGAGGAAGAGCCGCAUCCGUGGCUGCAGCCGCGCGAGCCAUCAUUACGCCGGCUCUGGCAACAGCUGUUCCCCGCGCGGCGAACAGCUGAGCCAAUCCCAGCAGCCGGAGCAGCUGCUGCGGGAAGGUUUAAAAACACCGACAGGACAGGGAGGGGAGGAGAGCCAGGGAGAGAGAGUAUGGGUGUGCUGCCCGUGCUACAGGCAAGAGCUGGAAGCCUUUCGCAAACAGUAAAGCGAAAGGCAGUCAGAGAGUGCACGCCGAGGCACUCACUCUGCAUCCUGAAGCGGCAGACACCCAGGAGGCAGGGGAGCGCUCUGCGGACGGGAGGAAAGGGGAGACAGCGGAGGCCCCAGGAGGGGGCUGGAACCAGGGGGAGCACCCACCAGCUCCCCCUGAUUCGGAGGAGUAUUAUCUGUAAGAGAGGAGAAAGGAGGAACCCCUCCCAGCAGGAGGGAGGGCGACCGGGAACCGGGGAACCGGUCAGAGGCCAUCAUACUGGGCCUGGCAACAUCUGGAACGCAUCACCCAGCGGUUGGCGUGUGGACGGGGUGUAGGGGAGGCGGAGCCCCGUGGAUCACCGCGUCCGAUAACCGUGAGUAACACCGUCUAUCGGGAGGCCCCACCCAGGAUAAAGAUCUCCACUGUAGACCCCUCUGAAGGUAAUUGAGUACAUCCAAGUCGCGGCAGGUGAGUUGAGGGGAGGGGCAACACCCCGAUAGGCCAGGCGGAGCGAGGCGCAGGCUCCACAGUGGUGCAUUGGCCGGGAAACGGCGUCAUUCUCGUACGGUGGUAAAGGGACAGUGUCCCGACCCGGGACCCGAUAGCGAUGCAGCAGCCAGCCCUCGCGCCCACGGAGCUGCUUACGCAGGCUAUCCAGGCCAUAGGGAAGGUGCUGGCAGUGCAGCAACAACAGGGCGCACACCAGCAGGAGUGGAUACAGCGAAAUGCUGCUUUAUUUAAAAUGCCCCGGAUGACUAGGGAGGAUGACCCAGAAGCUUAUAUCGAGGCAUUCGAGAGGACAGCCAUCCAGACAGGGUUGGACCGUGGUCAGUGGGGCCACCACCUGCGGGCGCUGGUGAUAGAUCAGGCCCAAGCGGCCUACCGAGCGCUAUCAAGGGACGAAGCUCGGGAUUACGAGACAGUGAAAGCAGCAAUCCUCUACAGGCUUGAGAUUUCACCAGAAAGUCAUCGUCAGGCCUUUAGAGCCCGAAAGUCCAAGGAGGCCAGGCGACCCCGGGGGUUGUUGCAAGCUUUAAGGGACUCACUCAACAAAUGGUUGCCAGCCGGCAAGUUCGACCGGGCGGGCGUGAUGGAUCAGAUCCUGUUAGAACAAUUCCUAUGGGAUUUGGAAGAGGAUGCCCAGAGGUGGGUACGCAGACACCAGACGCAAACUAGCAAAGAGGCACUUCACUUGGCGGAGGCCUUUGCGAAUUCGGAGGGGGAACAGGGAUACGGACGAGGCUCCCGAGGCACGAAAGAGGGACUCACAAGCGAAGGGGAAAGGCGAACGGUCUCCAGACGAGGGCCACCAAAAGGGGUGGUGUGUUACCGCUGUGGGCAAACCGGACACAUCUCCCGUGAUUGUGGGGAAGGCCUGAGCGAGCUGAGUCGCACCCCUACAGGAUAUCCACCCUCCCAGGAUAGAGGCAAAGAGGCGGAGAGAGGGGAACCCAUGAAUUGCAGUUUCGGGUCGGCAACCCAGAACAAGGGAUGGAACCGGCCCGUAGUAACCGCAUGGGUUGGAGACAGGGUGGUUAAGGCCACAUUGGACACGGGAUGUUCCCACUCCCUACUUCGGGCAGACCUCGCUCCGCAGAGGGAACGGAAGAGUGAGGGGCCCCUGACGAUGACCUGUAUACUAGGGGAGAUGCGGUUCCAGACGUGCUAUGUUCCGCUUAGGGUGAUGGAGUUUAGCGGAGAGCUACGAGUUGGAAUUGCCCCGACCCUGGCAUGUGAGAUGAUACUAGGCCGAGAAUGGAGCCCAUUCUAUACAGUCCUUGAGCGAGUGAGGGCUACGCAGGAGGCGAGGAACCGGAUCAAGAGGGGCGACGGAUGGGCCGGCGAGGGCCCAGCCCGUCGCAACGAAACAGUGACAGGCGACAUCGACCUAGAACAGUUCGUGAGUGCGGCCCAAUUUCGUAGGGCACAACAUGAGGACUCGGAACUGCAGCGGAUGUGGGACGCUGACCCCGGGGAAGGACCCUCACAGGGGCGUCCCGGCUUCGAGGUAACAGGGGGGCUAUUAUAUCGGGUCCAACAGGGUGAGGAGGGUACCAUACGGGGGAGACAAUUAGUGGUCCCGACCUCACUUCGCCAAGUGGUGUGGAGACUGGCCCAUGACUCACCCCUGGGUGGCCAUCUGGGACGUAACAAGACCUGGGCGAGGCUGGCCCAAGAAUUCUUUUGGCCUCGUCUCCAAGAGGAUGUGGAAAGGUCCACAUGCCCAGAGUGUCAGAGGGCCCAGGAAUGGAAGCCCCCAAGGGCACCCCUGAAGCCCAUGCCAAUAGUAGAGACACCGUUCUCGCGGGUCGCCCUGGAUAUAGUAGGACCCCUCCCCAGGUCUCAUAACGGAUACCAAUAUAUCCUGGUGAUGGUAGAUUAUACCACCCGUUUCCCAGACGCCGUGCCCCUAAGGUCCAUAACUGCCACUCAAGUAGCGGAAGAACUUCUUAAGUGGAUAGCACGGGUGGGCAUACCUCGGGAGAUACUCACAGACCAGGGAACAAACUUUAUGUCUGGGGUAAUGAAGGCUUUAUGUAAAACCCUCGGCAUCACACAGCUAAAGACCUCGGUCUACCAUCCCCAAACUAACAGUUUGGUAGAAAGGUUAAAUGGGACCAUCAAGCGGAUGCUCAGGCGGUGUGCCCAGGAAGACCCACGGAGGUGGGAUACUAUCUUGACACCCUUGUUGUUUGCCAUAAGGGACGUGCCGCAAGAGUCAACCCAGUACUCCCCAUUUCAGUUGGUGUACAGCCAUAGCCCUCGGGGACUGCUACAAAUCGUAAGGGAAGAAUGGGAGAAGCCAAUAGGCUUAGGGGUGUCGGCGGAGAGGUACCAGGAGGAGCUACAAGACCGAAUCUCCACGGCCCAACGGAUCGCCAGGCAAAACCUGAGGGAUGCCCAAGGCAUACAGGAAAGGGGUUACAAUCAGAAGGCGAAAACACGGACGUUCCAGUCGGGGGACAAAGUUUUAGUAUCGCUGCCAACCUCCUCCAGCAAACAGCUGGCUAUGUGGCAGGGACCAUUUACUGUGGUGAGACAAGUAGGGCCCAUGGAUUACGAAUUGCUUAAACCAGGUCACCGCCGGGAACGACAGGUUUACCACGUGAAUCUGUUCAGGGAGUGGAAAACUCCUCAGGGCUGGUUGGCCCUAGACGAGGAUACAAAGGAGGACCUGGGACCGCUGUGUCCCGGGUUAGGGAGAUCCGGGAAGGAGGGGUCAGUACAGAUGGGUAAGGAGUUGGGCCAUCACCAACAGCAAGAAUUACUAGCUUUGAUAGAGGAAUUUAGGGCAGUGUUCCAAGAGAUCCCGGGACAAGUAACGGGAGUAGAACAUGAAAUCAGGACCCCUCAGGGAGCACUGGUGAGGGAGAGAUGGAGGCCGAUACCUCAACGGUGGCAACAGGAAAUACGGCAAGAGAUCAUGAGAAUGCAAGAACAAGGGAUUAUACGACCGUCCCGCAGUCCAUGGCGGAGCCCCAUAGUCCCCGUCAUCAAACCAGAUAGGUCAUUGCGCGUAUGUAUAGACUACAGGAAGCUCAAUGCCCUGACUACGUUUGAUGCCUUUCCGAUGCCCCAUGUCACUCACCUCGUUGAGAAAAUCGGGGAAGCACAGUAUAUAACCACGCUUGAUUUGGCAAAGGGAUAUUGGCAGAUCCCGAUGCGACCCACGGAUUGUGCCAAAACAGCCUUCGGGACCCCAUGGGGCCUAUUCGAAUUCACGCGGAUGCCCUUCGGCCUCAACGGAGCAGCUGCGACGUUUCAAAGGUUGAUGGACAACCUACUGGCACCCCACGCAGCAUACGCGACGGCAUACAUUGAUGACAUCAUUAUAUUUUCUGCCAGCUGGCGACAACACCUCCAAGACCUCAGAGCAGUCCUGGGGGAACUCCGAGCAGCAGGGCUGACCGCCAACCCGAAGAAAUGUAAACUGGCGGGGAAAGAAACAGCAUACCUAGGAUUUCGAGUAGGCCGAGGGACAGUUCGGCCACUCGCAGAUAAGAUUGAGGCUAUAAGGCAGUUCCAGGAACCGAGAACCCGCAAACAACUGCGUUCCUUCUUGGGACUCGUUAACUAUUAUCGGCGAUUUAUACCCUGCUUCGCGACGCUCGCCACACCACUUACAGACGCGUUAGCUGGGAAAUCUGUGACGCCACUGAAAUGGACACCGGGGAUGCGAAAGAGCUUCCAGAAUUUGAAAGAAGCAAUGCGCCAUGAUGUUGUCGUGCACACGCCUAACUUUAACGCCCCUUUCAUUUUACAGACUGAUGCAUCAGGAUGGGCGCUGGGAGCAGUGUUACUGCAGAAACACGGGCAGGAGGAGCGCCCAAUUGCCUUUGCCAGCAGGAAACUCAGUCAUGCAGAAACCAGAUGUAUAAAGAAAUUAUGCAAGCUCUUGAAGAAGCUGCCAAGGACGACUCUGUCAUAACUGUUAUUACAGGAAAUGGGGAUUAUUACUGUAGUGGAAACGACCUGACUGGCUUUAUCAGUAUCAAACCCAGUGAAAUAGAGAAGAUGACAAAAUAUGG